UAUUCGAAUAGUGAUUGUUUUCAUGACGGUGAUUUUGACCAUGAUGCUGAUGAUGCUGAUGAAUCGGACGAUUUGGAUGAUGAUUAUGAUGAUAAUGACGAUAAUGAUGACGAUCAUGAGGAUGAUACAGACGAUGAUCAUGAUGAUCCUGAUGAUGAUGAUGUUUUCAUAAUUGUAGUGGUGGUAGUUAUACGCAGGGAAUUCGGAACAUCAACUACUUAA